UUCAUAAUUCAUAUAUUGAUGCUGUAAUUUCAACAAAAACAAAAACUUUGUUUGCUACUGUAUUCAUUUUGUAUUAUAUUCUUGACGAAAAUAAACAAUAGCAAUCUGUAUAUAUACAAAAAUCAAAUUCAUUCAAAGGCUAAAGUUGAAAAUAUAUAUCUAUCUGGCCAUAAUAUAAGUACCAGACUUUUUUAUUGCUAUAUUUUGUGGACCGAUUAUGGAUAUUCUUAAAGCAGAAAUUGCUAAAAAACGGAAACUUCUAGAAGAAAAAAAUAUUUUGAAUCCAACAAAGAAAUAUUUUAAAAGGGGUGAUCUUCUAGCUAAGGAACAGGAAGAAUACUUUAAAAAGUAUCAUUCAAAUAACACUGAAGCUGAUGAGAGAGAGGAAAAAAAGGAUGUUGAAAAAGUCAAUAAGGUAGAAAAUGAAAAGGAACAUACAGAAAGUGUAUCCCUGCCAAGAUUUGAAGUAAUUAAAAGAUUAAGAGAAAGGGGACAUCCAAUUGCAUUGUUCGGAGAAAGUGAACUUCAAUCCUUUAAGCGGUUACGAAGAAUAGAAAUUCAAGAACCUGAAGCAAAUAGGGGCUUCAGAAAUGACUUUCAAGAAGCUAUGGAAAAAGUAGAUCAAGCCUAUCUGAAUGAAAUAUUAGCUCUGGGCACACAGAAUGAUAAUGAGAAAUCUCAGAAGGAUGAUGAGUUUGAUGAUUCUGUAACCUAUGACUUGAUCCAAGAGAUGGCCAAAACUAUGGGUCAAGGUGACAGAAAUCAUGAUAUGAAUGUAAUAAUGACAUUAUUACAAUUUCUCCUAAAAUUGUGGGGCCAACAGCUCAAUUCUGCAAAUGCCUCAGAAAAAACUGCAACUAAACAUAAAAUGGUACGAGCAACAUAUACACAAACACAAGUAUAUUUAAAGCCAUUAAUGAGGAAAUUGAAAAAGAAAACUCUUCCUGAAGACAUUUGUGAUAGUCUUAUGGAAAUAACUAAACAUUUAUUAGAAAGAAAUUACAUAAUGGCAAGCGAUGCAUAUCUUCAAAUGGCAAUAGGUAAUGCUCCAUGGCCCAUUGGUGUAACUAUGGUUGGUAUUCACGCUCGUACUGGUCGUGAAAAAAUUUUCUCCAAAAAUGUCGCCCAUGUAAUGAAUGAUGAAACACAAAGAAAAUACAUUCAAGCUUUAAAGAGACUUAUGACGAAAUGCCAAGAAUACUUCCCAACAGAUCCAUCUCGAUGUGUAGAAUACAUUGUGUACAACUAUCUUUUUUUUAAAAAAAUAUUAUUGUAAAAUAUUUAUAUAUUGUUUUCUUAUACAUGUUUUUCUUAUUCUAGCUUUUUAAAACUUUUCGAAACUUAUCCUGAUGUUGGCGACAAGGUGUUAUGCAGUCCUGUAGAUACUAUACCGGCUUGUAAUAAAGAUAUAAUAAAAGUUCAACAAAAUAUUUUAGAAAAAGAAGAAUACAAGUCCAUGGUUUUAAAGUUGCCUUUCAGUUAUUUAAAAAGAAAUGUACAUGCAAGAUUUUUUGGUUUACCAGUAUGUCCUGAGUUACAUAGGACAAUAUUUCCUAAAAAUGUGGAUUUAGGAUGCUUUUUAAAAGUCACAGGCACUGUGGUGCGUGUAACACAGGCAAAGAUGCUAGAAUAUCAAAGGAAAUAUGUAUGUAUGAAAUGCAAAUAUGAUAAUUCUGUGGAAGCAGAUUUUGAAUACCGAUAUAUAUUAAAAGCACCAUUAAAGUGUGGAAAUACUGAAACAAGAUGUAAAUGCUCUACAUUUACACAAAUCAAUCUUGUUUCUAGAGAGCAUUGUAAAGAUUAUCAAGAAAUUAAAAUACAAGAACAAGUGAACAAACUAAGUAUUGGAACAAUACCAGGAUCCAUGUGGGUUAUUCUGGAAGAUGACUUGGUAGACUGUUGUAAGCCAGGUGAUGACAUAAUAAUUUGUGGAACAGUAAGGCGACGAUGGCGUCCUGCAGUACAAAAUAAAAAAUCAGAGGUAGAAAUUGUUUUGCAAGCCAAUUAUAUUGAAGUUAUAAAUGCUCAAAGAUCAGAAGUCAUAGCAAUGGCUCCUGACAUUAAGGACUGUUUUGAUGAUUUUUGGAUAAAGUAUGAACAGUGUCCUUUGAAAGGCAGGGAUCAAAUACUGCGAUCUGUUUGUCCUCAGGUUUAUGGUCUUUAUUUAGUUAAGCUAGCUGUUUUACUGACUGUUAUAACAGGUUCUGAUCACCAGGCAGAAGGUGAAAGUAAAAAAACAAAAUCUGAUGAGGCACUAGCAACACAUGUUAGAGGACAAUGUCAUUUGUUACUUGUUGGAGAUCCUGGUACAGGAAAAUCACAAUUAUUAAAAGCGGGUGCACAGUUAACCCCCCGAUCAGUGUUUACGUCAGGAGCUGGCAGUACAAGAGCUGGACUCACAUGUGCCGCUCUUAGAGAGGAAGGUGAAUGGCAAUUAGAAGCUGGUGCAUUAGUAUUAUCUGAUGGUGGUGUUUGCUGCAUAGACGAGAUAUCGCAUUUAAGAGAUCACGAUAGAACCGCUAUACAUGAAGCUAUGGAACAACAGACCAUAUCAGUGGCAAAGGCAAUUAUUUAUUAUAAUUAAUAAUUUUAGAUUAAAUCUAAGAAGCCAAGUUUAUUUCCAUAUUUUUAAUACAUAGUCUAAAUAACAGUGUCAUAAAUUAAUUUAUAGGCUGGAAUUGUAUGCAAGCUUAACACCCGUUGUGCUGUUAUAGCUGCGUGUAAUCCGAAAGGGCAGUAUCAAAAAGAUGAGCCACUCAGUGUCAACGUAUCCUUAGGAACACCGUUGUUAAGUAGGUUUGAUUUGAUAUUUAUUUUGUUGGAUUCAAAAAACAAAACAUGGGACAAAUUAGUAUCAUCCUACAUACUUUUCGGUGAUGCUAAUCAUAAAGAAACAAAAAAGAAAUGGAGUAUUGAAAAGCUACAGAUGUACAUAGGAUUAAUAGGACCAAGACAUACUGAGAUGACAAAAUCAGCAAACACAAUAUUACAGUGUUAUUAUAUGAUGCAGAGAAAGUCAGAAUACAGAGAUCCUUCUAGAACUACUGUCAGAAUGCUUGAUAGUUUAAUAAGAUUAUCACAAGCUCAUUGUCGCCUUAUGUAUAGAACUACUAUAUUACCAGUAGAUGCUAUUGUAGCAAUUUCUUUAGUUGACUUAUCUAUGCAAGACUGUACAUUCGAAGAUACAGUUGACGCUUUACAUUCUACUUUCCUAGACUAUCCAGAUUUUAAUUAUUUGUGCACAGCAAAGAAAUUGUUGACUAAAAUGUGUUUAUUUGAUAUUUGGAGAGAAGAGCUGCGUUACUAUGGAAAAUUGCUUCAAGUUGAUCAUAAAACCUUAGAAACUCAUAUUGAUAAUGAAAACUUUAAAGUAUUUGUCAAAUAUGAUGAUGUCACAGAUGAUAACAUACCACUCUCAGCCUCACUUGUAACUAGUUCAUAUUUUAACAAGAAAAAUCCUAGUUUUGAUGAUCAAAGAAAUGAUAAGAAGCAUGGAAAUUACAAGGAAAAUACAAAUGUUAAAGUUAUUCAUGAUAAAUUGGCAGCAACUUUGAAGAAACAUGCUACUUUGAACAAAGUUGAAAAAGAACCUCCUCUUGACAGCAAAAAGAAAAAAGUAAUUAAACGAAAACGAAAAGAAGUAACGAUUGAUACUAGUUUUUUUAGAAAUAAAAAACAAAAAAAUACAAAAAAGAAUAAAAAGGUUAAAUCCAAUAGUAAUAAAUCUGAUAGUGAUGUUUGUAACGAAAGUGAAAUCUUAAAAGUAGUACCUAGUGUAAAUGAUGAGUUUAAAGAACUGGGUAUUGAUUUUAAUUUUCUCAAUAAUUCUGACAUUGAUAUAGAUACUGGUGGUAUAAAUGAAAAAAAAUCACAAAAUGAAAUUGUUGCAGAAAAAGAAAAACAAUCCAAUAUCAGUAACAUGGAAAUUGAGUCUAAAAUAAAUGAUGAUAAGAAACAGUUAAAUACAACAGCAAAUAAAUUAAAACAAUUUGAAUUCAUGGCAAAACAUGACUAUAAUAAAUAUUAUGGAGAAAAAUAUGAAAUUAAAAAUAUUGCAUCUACAGAAAAAACAGUUAAAUUAUUGAAUACAAAUGAUAAAAAAUUAAGCAAUCCUUCAGGAAGUCAAAAAUCAUCAGGAUUAAGCUCUCAAAUAUCUAUUUUUGAGAGUUCUGACUGUGAUAUAGAUUUAGACAUAUGAAAGAAGGAAAAUGAAAUUAUUGCAUCAUGUUUGAA